AUGCAAAAUGCAGCACCAUUUCAAGCUGGAAAUCGUAUUGAUAUGAAUCAGCAGAUCAAUUUGGGUUGCCAAGUGGAAGGCAAUCCACGACCUGUGGUUUUCUGGAAGUUAAGGAAAUCGAGUGGUCAAGUUGUUGAUGCUGCUUGUCCGCAGGGUUUCGAAGGACAGUACCAGGAAGUGCCGCUGGAUCAACGAGGGCCGACUACUCUUGCUGCCAACAUUGUAUGUAUAAUUUCAUUUUUAUGCGUUUUUGCUGUGCAGCGCUAUAGCAGCGCUAUAGCGCUGUUACAGCCGGCAAAAACGCAUAUUAUCGAGAGGCUGUCUGUGUAUGUGUUCGGAAAGCGAGUGCAUUUUGUCACCCACUUUCAACUCGGCAACCAGGAAAGCUGGGGGGCAAAACUUCGGAACGAGUGCAUUUUGUCACCCACUUUCAUCUCAGCAACCAGGAAAGCUGGGAGGCUGAAACUUUGGAUUUAUGUUCCUACCUCGUGUGUCAUCCUCUCGUUUUAA